UUUGCUGAUGAAAACUUUCAACCUUUUACAUACCUAUAGUAACUUGCAUUUGCAAUAUGCCAGUAUGCGCCUCCUCGCUUACACGGCUCCAAGAUCUAGGUAGGGGGCUCAUUUAUCACGGGUAACUGCAGUUGCAUAUCUAGGAGGCAGUGAAACCAUACCGGACACUAGCGCUGCUCUAUAAAUUCCUGCCUAUCUGGGAUUCGUAGCCGGGCAAUCUUCACUUUUAGGUUGAGCCGUUGAGGAUCUGAGGUAUCAACCCCUUGGCAAAGGAAGCUUUUUCUAUGACGUUAAAGGGUGACCUUCCCCAAAUACAUAGCUGAAAAUAAAAACGCGUCAUUCGGACACUGCCCUAUUACACGGCCACGGGGAAACGAGGCAGAUCUCACAUCUCCCUCCCUUGGCGAUAGCAAACCACCAAUCUCGUCCAUAUAUAUUUACUUCAUAGACACCCUCACCGGGUUGUUAAGACCAAUCGUUUCAUUUCAUUUCAUUUUAAAUCUAAAACCGUAUCUGCCACUCAACACCAAAGACAGCACCAGAUGGCAUCCAAUGGAUAUGGCGUUUUGCCUACUACCCAGAGGACAAAUACCAACGGCGAUAUAGAGCAACAACCUCUUCUCGCUAGCAAUAAUGAGACUUCCAAGUCUGCGGGAUGGAAGGAAAAUUUGAUGACGGACGUGCGCCGGGACUGGGCCGACUUGGUCUUGCUCGCCUGCUAUAUCAUCACCGGCAUGCUUGACAGCGCAUCGAUAUCCACCUGGGGCUCCUUCGUGUCGAUGCAGACAGGAAACACGGUCUACUUCGGCCUCGGCGUCGCAGCGCCGCACGAGUCGACUCGGUGGAUCAAGUCGGGGACCUCGCUCGGGUGCUUCUGCAUCGGGUCCGUCUUCUUCAGCGCCUUCCACCGGCUGUUUUCGCCGUCGCCCAAGCGGCGCUGGGUCCUAUGCGCCUCCUUCCUCAUCCAGAUGCUGUUCGUCGCCGCCGCCGCCGCCAUCCUCACCUUCGGCCCGCAGUCCGACGGCGCGACGAAGAAGGAGGCCGUCGACUGGCCCGUGCUGGUCCCCAUCGCGCUCAUCGCUUUCCAGAGCUGCGGCCAGGCUAUCGUCAGCCGCGCCCUCAAGUACAACGCGCUCACGAGCGUUGUCCUAACGAGCAUCUACUGCGACCUGUUCUCCGACGCCGCGCUGCUCGCCCCGCAUAACCCCGAGCGCAACCGCCGGGUUGGGGCUCCCGUCUUGCUUUUUAUCGGCGCCGUGAUCGGUGGGGUACUGGCUAGGAGCGCGGUUGGCACUGCCGGCGUACUAUGGAUCGCUGCGGGAUUGAAGCUGCUUGUCGUUGUGUCCUGGCUAUUUUGGCCUGCAGAGAAGGAACAAUAAUCGUCCGCAUAUAUGACAUUCCUGGGUACCUAGAUAGACUUUGCGAAAGAUUUACUUACCUUGUAAAACCUAUACCAUGUUAUUAGUAACUAGAUACUUCGAGUGUGUAGCACCGGUAAUGUCACAUUGCCUUGUGGUUUGCUUUUGCCAUCUCGUUUUGUGAA